AUCUAAAUUUAAAUAUGUCGUUUAUAUCAUUAUCCAAUUAUUUUAUGUGUUUUAUUGAUAUGUGUUUCAUUGAAAUAUAAAUAAUAAAUACAAUUAGAUGAUCAUACAAUUUAGAAAUUGAUUAUUGUAUCAAUUGUCUAUUGUGUAUUGAAUUAUCUGUGUUCUGCUAUGGUUGUAAGAAAUAUGUUCUACGUUUUCUAACAACAGAUGACAUAACCUAACCUAUGCACCUGCGUAUAGUUAUGCAUUAAUAUCCCCUCUACUUGAUAAAUAAAUGAAUACAGCUAGCAAGUUACCACGGAAAAUUUACGUUAAAAGACUUGACAUCUUCUUCAAACUUUUUCGUUACAAAUCUGAGCAUCAUUACUAUGAUAUUGUUCCAUUUUCACCAUUUCAUAUGCCCAGAUUAGCAAUAAAACAAAUUUUUUUGAGAAAUUUUUAUGAAAAUAUAUCAAUAUCUGAAAAAUUAUCCUGGCAUAAUUUGAUGGGCAAAUUCAGCUGCACAAUGGCAAAUUCAACUGCACAACAAAAAUUAAAUCAAGCAUCAAUGGAACCUUUCUUGGAAACAUAUUAUAAUUCUAGCAAUGGUUAUGAAAUUCCUUUAACAUGUCCAUCAGAAAAUUUAGCAUGUGAAAGCAGUAUGCAAACAGUCGUUCUUGGUACAGAUACAUGUGUUGAAACUUCAAUGUCCUUGAAGGAUAAAUACAUUACUGAUAAGCAGAGAUAUAAAGCAAUGAGAAAAUGGAAAUAUUCUAAAAGAGAAAAGCUGACUUCUAAUUCUGAAGAAUGUUUUAUUUUAAGAGUAUUAUCCUUCAACAUUUUGGCACAAUACCUACUGGAAACAUAUCGGUUUCUAUACAAAGAACAUGACAAACAGGCAUUAUGUUGGGAGAUUAGGAGGCAACUUCUUUUAGAAGAAAUUUUAGCAGCACAAGCUAAUGUGAUUUGUCUUCAAGAAAUGCAGGAAGAACAUCUGGAAGAAUUUUUAAUUCCAUUCAAAGAAUUGGGUUACAAUUAUUUAUAUAAAAGACGAACAAAUGAUAAAAAAGAUGGAUUGUUAUUUUAUCAUUCUGAUCAACUCACUUUAAUAGAUUAUUCAAAAGUUGAGCUUUAUCAAUCUGGUAUAGAAUUGUUGAGUAGAGAUAAUGUCGGAAUUAUUGCAAAACUGGCAGUUAAAAAGAAUCCUCAAAUACAAUUAGUAAUUGCUACAACUCAUUUACUUUAUAAUCCAAGACGAAAUGAUGUAAGAUUAGGACAAACUCAACUUCUUUUAGCAGAAAUUGAAAGGGUUGCUUUUCUAGAAAAUACUAUGACGGGUUCCAAAUAUCUUCCAAUUAUAUUAAUGGGUGAUUUUAAUUUGGAACCUCAUUCUGGAGUAUAUAAAUUUAUUGUUGAAGGAGCAUUUGAAUAUCAAGGAAAAGGAAAAAAUCUUGAACAAACAGAAUAUCGACCUUUAUCAAAUUCUCUUAUUCCUCCUCGACUUUUUAUUACUGAUAAUUGUCAACAUUUUAAUGUAUUAAAACAUAGAUUACAUGGAGAAGGGACAGAUAAAGUAAUGCUGGAAAAUAGUGAGCAUCAAAAAUUAGAAGAAAAUAUUUCAGCAAAUAAUUCAUCAAAUUAUUGUGAAGUGAAUACAGACACAACAAAUCUUCAAACGAUAGAAAUUGCGGAUGAUUAUCAUGUAAAAUUCUGUUCUGGUACUUUAACACAUCCUUUUCAUUUUAAUAGCGUAUACAAACAUAAAAAUUAUCACGGAGAACGGGAAGUUACAACUAAUCAAGGCGAAUGGAUUACUGUCGAUUAUAUUUUUUAUAGUGGUCUAGAACUUCUUGAGAAAUAUAAUUUACCUACGAAAUGCGAAAAUUUACCUGCAAUACCUAAUUUUGCAGUCGGUAGUGAUCAUUUUUGUUUAGGAGCGACUUUUAAACUACAUAAAAGCAAGCUUUAAAACUGUUAAUAUUAUGUUAAUAUAGAGUGUUAAUAUAUUCAUGGAAUAUUUUUGGAAAGUGAUUUUAGAGAUCAAAACAAAUAUAAAAUUUGAUUAAAAUUAAA